AGGAGAUGACCAGAGACUGCGGACACAGUUGACAGGAGAUGACCAGAGACUGCAGACAUAGUACAGGAGAUAACCAGAGACUGCAUACAUAGUACAGGAGAUGAAACAGAGACUGCAGACACAGUACUGGAGGUGACCAGAGACUGCGGACAUAGUACAGGAGAUGACUCAGAGACUGCAUACAUAGUACAGGAGAUGACCUGGAGACUGCACAUACAUAGUACAGGAGAUGACCAGAGGACUGCCGGGGGAGACACAGUACAGGAGGUGACCAGAGACUGCGGACAUAGUACAGGAGAUGACCAGAGACUGCAGGUACACAGUACAGGAGGUGACCAGAGACUGCGGACAGUACAGGAGAUGACCAGAGACUGCGGACAGUACAGAUGACCAGAGACUGCGCCAACAGUACACGGGGAUGACCAGAGACUGCAGACACAGAACAGUGGAUGACCAGAGACUGCGGGACAGUAGAG